AUUCUUACAUAAAAAUUAUCAAAGUUGAAGUUGACUUUUAUAGAAACAACAAUGAGUUCAUUAGGAAAAAUACGUUACUUCUUUACAAUUAUUUAUAGGAACGGUGGAUUGUGGAAGUCUCUUUGGAAAUUGGGCCGUUUUGAUACUUUAAAGGAUGGUCGUAACGUAGGUUGCGAUGCUUUCGGCAAUCAAUAUUUCGAAAACAAUUAUUAUUUCAUCGGCCGCAGUCGUUGGGUCGAAUACAACAAGAGCGUUAAACUUGAAUAUGAUGCAACUCAGAUAACACCGGACUGGUAUGGUUGGCUGCAUUAUAGAACAGAUCGUCUACCCGAUCAGGAUUGUUCCAAGUUUCAGCUCAAAUCCUGUUGCAGGAGCCAAUGCUGGCUAUUGAAUCAUCAACCGAACUUAUCAGGAACCACGCAAGCUUAUUACCCUUAUGAUACAACAAGGAGUCGUAUCGCUCCUUGGGAUGGUACAUCAAUAUGCAGUCGCCGUUGAAAUUAAAGUUAAAUAAAACAAACAU